CUUGUCACUGGAGGUGAUUUAAAGUCUGAGUAAUGGUGAUUAACUCAUCCACUAUAAAAGCCUCUGACAUUCUGACAGAGGGCACCAUCAAGUCCAGGAACCCCAGGAGUGAAGGUUUGUGCUUCUCCUCUGCAGCCAUGAAGUUCUCCCUGGUCGCCACUAUUCUUGUUGUGCUGGCUGUUGCUCACGGCUCUGUGGCCAGGUCGCUGGUGAAGCGUGAGCUCCAGCCAGAGGUGGACAGGAUCACCCAGGUCCUCAGGGAGAUGUCCACCUUCGUCAGCACAGCAACCCAGGAUAUGAUGGAGAAGAUGAAGGCUCCAGAGAUGACCAACACUGCCCAGACGUACAUGGAGGACAGCCGGGCAAAGAUCCAGCCUCUGGUGGAGCAGGCGGCCAAGCUGCAGGAGCAGAUCAAACCCAUCAUCUCCAACAUCGAGGAGCACAUCCGGCCCAUCACAGACGAUUUCAACGGUCAGGUCCUAACUGAUAACCUCCAGAACCAGAUGAAGCCCCUGACCGACAUGAUGGAGAAGUUCCUCCAGAAGGUGAUGGAUCAGUCCAAGGCCCUGCUGCCACCCCAGUGACUGGAGCGCAAAAUCCGCUCUGAACACUAAAGACUUUUCUGUUUCAGUUUCACUGAGAAGCACUGCAUCAUUAAACUUUUUUUUGAAAGUCA